ACCAUCGCCGCAACUUGCACCCCGGGCGACGACUAGUUGCGCCAGGUGCAAUGCAUCCGCCUCUCUCCCUCUCUUCUCCCGGCCGGCCCGGCCUCUCUCGCAGUCGCAGCUCAGCAGAGUCUGUCUGCUCACCCGUCUCGUCUCGACUCUUCCCCCCUAGCCUGCCUAACUGUCUGCGUCGCUGUGCCCAUCCGGCACCGGCAGCACUCGCCGGCCGGCUGGCCUUCCCUGAUACCGAAGCUAAAUCUGGCAUGGGAAGAUGCUGCCGCCGCCAUCGGUCUCGGCAGGUAUGCGCCCGACGAUCUCGAGACGCGGGCUCGCUCUGCCUGCCUUUUGCUCGAUGCUGAUGUUCCUAUGCACUGCAUGUGAUUGUAUGCAUGCGGCCCCAUGUAGAGGCGAGCUAGAUCUGGCCUGAUUCGGCGAUCGGACAGUCAUCAGAGUUAACGAGAUCGAGAGCUAGCUUCAUGACCUUCAUCAGCUUCACGACUCCAGUCAGCUAGCUACUAGCAACUGGUGGUGCAGUGUGGACGCGUGCCUUGGACUUGAAGAAGGCGCACGCAAAGGGCAAGGCGUCGACUGGACCGAGCGCUCCGGCUCCGAUCCUCAUGUUCUUGAGCCCGAGGAAUGAGCCCCCGGAGGACAUCCAACAGCUGAUCGCCGUCAACCGCGCCGGUCCCAGCCGCAGCCCGCCCGCCGCGCCCGGCAGCAGCGACAUGGAGAGCGGCAGGGGCGGCGGCGCGUCAUCGUCGUCGCGCGCGUCGUCGGACCACCAGAAAGCGGUGGCGGCCCACAGGGAGGAGGAGCCUGGCAGCCACGGCGGCGGCUUCUGGGCCAGGUACUCCUCGGCCUCGUUCCUGCUGCUCGUCGGCGUCACCGCGUCGCUGGUGAUCCUCCCGCUCGUCCUGCCGCCGCUCCCGCCGCCGCCGUCGAUGCUGAUGCUGGUGCCGGUGGCAAUGCUGGUGCUGCUGCUCGUGCUGGCGUUCAUGCCGACGUCGACGGCCGGCCCCGGUCCGGCGGGCCAAACCUACUUGUAGAUAAUCAUCACAUCGUACUCUUUUUCUUUUGUCCUUUCGUUCGGAUUUUGUGAUAGAGAGAUAGGCAUGCAUGGAUGAAUCCUACCUCCUCAUUGUUGACCGGCUAAUUAAUGUGAAAUCUAGUUACAUAUACAGCUGGUAUAGUACUUACACUCAAAGUUCAGUGA